UUCACCUUCGACAGCACCUUCUCCCACAUUUGCAGCGGAAAGUGCGUGAAAUCCUCCGUCGUCAACAUUCUGCGAAUAUCGACAGCUCGCUAAAUACGACGAAAUCAAAAAGACAUGAGAAAUGCCAGUUGAAGCAGCUCCAGCAAAACAAACACACGAGUCUCUUAAAGGUGACGUGGCAGUACAGCGUCGCAGCAGAAAUACGUCAUCCAAAGUCGUUGCUAUAGCAAUACGCAGCAUCCCGAGAACAGGCAGCGUUGAUUCACUAAUUUUACACAAGCAAGAUUAUUUUUAAAAAUGUAUCAUUAUUAUAAGGUAUCUAAAUUAUUAGCAACCGCAUUUCAGAAACUGACAAGCAAAAAAUAGUGCAGACAGUAGACUAAAUUCCAAAAGUUACAUUUUAAACAGUGUCUUCGAGGCAAACGGUAAAUUAGUUGCAGUUAUUCAACCUACCGUUAAGAAAGAUUUUUCCUCGACUUUUAUCACUAGCUAGAUUACAUUUUCAACUUCUUUUAUAUCUUUGAAACCACUUUUUCCUCAUUAAAAUGUCUACUUCAGAGUCGGAAUCCAGCAUUUACGGCGAGGAGGAUGAAGAUGGGAAAUUAUAUCAAUGUAGCUAAGUUUAAACGGGCUAACAGCCAUGUUGCAGUGUAUUGAUUGUUCAUUUGAUUUUCCGUAGAAACACCAUAAAGUUUAUAAGAGAAAAUGUAGCUGUCAGCCGUUGUAGUUGUCACAGGUGGCUGUGUAUAUAAGUAGAAUGCUACAUUGAAGUUUGUGUAUGUUUUUUGAGGGAUUUUUGAAAUGAGCAUCAGAGAUGACAACAGGCAGGAGACAGAACAGAUUAAAAUCGCAUCCAGCUCUGAGCACACACCUGAGCAUCUUGAGAUUAAUGCUGAGGGGAUACAUGCAGCUGAAGCACUAGACAUUGACGAACUAGAAAAUAUAAAAGGAUGUCAAGAAUCGAACCUGAAUGUAAAGUCUUUGGAUGAAAAACCAUGGAGGAAAUCUGGUGCUAACGUGUCAGAUUACUUUAACUAUGGUUUUGAUGAAGAAAGCUGGAAUGCCUACUGUCAGAAGCAGCUACAAAUCCGUAGAGUUCGUAGAAAGCUUCAUGCGAAAGUCAAGGCCCAGAGGAGGCACACUGGACAUGGAGAAGACGAGUCGUCUUGUGCUCAUUCUCCCUCAGGCAGACCAUCUACACUUGCCUCCAGAGAUCCACAUGCUGCUCCUACUGAGACUGGAGGAAUACCCAGAUCCAGAAACAGAGAGAAAAGGCAUCAAUGUCUCAACACUCAGGUGGAUACUGAGAUGUCCCACAAGGAGGAUAGCAUUACUGCUGAUCAUCUGCCACCACCAUCCAAUCUUUACUCCUCCUUUGCAUAUGUCUCUCCACCAUCUUUCCUUUUCCAAUCAAGACCUUCUCCUCCCUCCCCCUCAGCUAUUUUUGACAGUGGACACUCUAAUGACUUUGAUGGUCCCUCAACUUCACUUUAUGCACGUUCAUCAGGGAGCAUAUUCACGAGAGCUGGAGUGAUUGAUACUACAAAGGUCUGGGAAUACUACACAAGGCAACUAAAGUGUGACAGGCACAAAGACAGAUCCAGGGAGCAUGGUCAUGAUAAAAAAAGCAAGCGAGGCAGAAGUAGAGAAAAGGAGAGACAUACUUCUUCACACAACAGUGCUGAGAAACAAAAAAAUGACAGAGACACUUCGGAGCGAAGGCAGAAUCGUCACAGUUCUCAAAGAGUCAGUGGAGAAAGGAGACACAGAGACAGAAGUGAGGACUGGUCAAAAAGAUCUCAAAGGUCUAAAAAAUACACACACACACACACACACACACACACACACACACACACACACACACACACACACACACACACACACACACACACACACACACACACACACAUACA